AUUCAUUCCGAUUAUCUCGCGGUCACAGCAAACUGAUCCCUAAUUUCUUCCGAUCCGAUCUCAUCUCUGCCGGUUCGUAUGUGCACGCGUGGUAGUGUUAGGUUUUACUGAAGAAUGAUGUGAGGGACUCACUAGAUGCCGGUGUGAGCAGCAGCAGGUUUUCUUAUGAAGAAUUCGUCCACAGCUGGGGAGGUGGACUCUCGGUUUGAAGUUAAACCAGAAUGCCAAGGCGAUGUACCCAAGACCCAUUUCAAGCCCAGGCGUCGGAAAACUCUUAGUGCAAGAAGAUGGCAAGCUGCAUUUUCUAAAGAUGGUCAUUUGGACAUUGCAGGCGUACUGAGAAGGAUUCAGAGAGGAGGUAUUCAUCCGUCAAUCAAAGGGGCUGUGUGGGAGUUCUUGUUGGGUUGCUUUGACCCAAACAGCACUUUUGAUGAAAGAAAUGAGCUCAGGCAACGUCGGAGGGAGCAGUAUGAAGCAUGGAAGGCUGAAUGUCAGAAGAUGGUUCCUUUUAUUGGUAGUGGGAAGUUUCUUAUGACACCUAUAGUUACUCAUGAUGGUCAACCAGUCAAAGAUCCUUCAAUCUACAAUAAUCCAGGAGAUAACAAUGACGCCGCAGGUAGCAGUGAUACUGGUCUAGACAAGAAAUUGAUCGGGUGGAAGCUUAGCUUGCAUCAAAUUGGUUUGGAUGUCAUACGCACUGAUCGUUCUCUAGUGUUUUAUGAAAGCGAGUCUAAUCGGGCAAAGCUUUGGAACAUUCUGGCUAUUUACGCCUGGGUGGACAAUGUUAUUGGUUAUGUGCAAGGAAUGAAUGAUAUUUGCUCUCCAAUGGUUAUUCUUAUGGAAAAUGAAGCAGAUGCAUUUUGGUGCUUUGAGCGGGCAAUGCGUAAACUGAGAGAAAAUUUCAGGUCCAGCGCAAGUUCUAUAGGGGUGCAGUCUCAGUUGCAUACUCUUGCAGAAAUAAUUAAAGUUAUUGAUCCAAAGCUUCAUCAACACCUUGAGGAAUUAGAUGGUGGGGAAUAUCUGUUUGCCCUUCGUAUGCUGAUGGUUCUUUUCCGGAGAGAGUUGUCAUUUGUGGAUGCUUUGUAUCUUUGGGAGGUGAUGUGGGCUAUGGAAUACAAUCCCAACAUCUUUGUAUUAUAUGAAGAGUCAAGUACUAGAUCAAAUGUGGGUAUGGAGAAGAAUGUUCCCUCCAGGAAAGAUUAUCGGCUGCUGAAGCAGUAUGGCAAAUUUGAGAGGAUAAGAAUAAAGACUGGACUGACAGACCAAUCUAGUUCUCUUUCUGUUUUCCUUGUUGCAAGUGUCCUUGAAAUCAAGAAUAAACGACUUCUGAAAGAGGCUAAGGGUCCAGAUGAUGUCGUUAAGAUUGUUGGUGAUGUAACUUCAAAUCUGGAUGCAAAAAAGGCAUUGAAGGAUGCACUAAAGGUUCAGAAGAAGUACCUACGCAAGGCAAAACGAUCAUAGAAAAUGCUCUCGAGCACCGACAACAUUCACAUUUUGAUGGAGGUUUUAUUCAAAAUUCUUUCUUCCUUUUUUGCAGUACCAAUUGUUUUUUCUGUUUAAAACAUUUCAUUUGUGUGCGUGCGUGUAUAAUAGUUCUUGAUGUGUUCUUGGCAAAAUUAACAUUGGUUUGUUCUGAGGCAAGAUGAUGAGAUGGGCAUGUACUAUAUGACAUGCUUUAGCUACUGCAUGAGAGAUUGUAUCAGUUCGAUUGAUAUCAAGACAUGAGAGUGGCCCCAUUUGGCUA